AGUACAGUAUAGCCCACUAGGCUCAUCCGCCUCGUCUCCAUCUUUCUCCCCUCACUCCCGAGUCCAAGAUCCCCAAUUUUGCCAUGGCGGCGGCGUAGGGACAGCCAGCAGACAUUUUUGCGCCUCCUCCGAAUUAGCAGCCUUCUUCUCCCUACCACCAUUGCUGCAUAUGAACACAAGCGCCCACCGUCUCUCUGUCUCCUCCCUCGUACUGCAGUAAUCCCAAACCAAAGAAAAUGGUUGGAGGGCGCUGGACGGACGCCUUCGCCAAGCCGAAGCAUCCGCGCCCUGCAGGUGGCGACGACGGAAGCAACGGCGGUGAUGCGGGUGGGGGAGGCGGCAUCGGGCAUGCCGGCGACCGUCUGAGCGCGCUGCCGGACGACCUCCUCCACGCCAUCAUGUCGCGCCUCAAGGCCCUGCAGAUGGUGCGGACCUGCAUGCUGUCCACGAGGUGGAGGCACCUCUGGCGCGCCGUGCCGUGCCUCGACGUCGACGAGGAGGAGACCGGCGCCUACAACAAUUUCGACAACUUCACCAGCAACCUUCUGCACUGCCAUGACAUCGCGGUCCUGGAGGACUUCCGGCUGCACGCCGCCAGGACUUCUGACCGAUGGGUCCGCCGCGCCGUAGGCCAAGGCGAGGCAUGGCCUUGCCGGCUCAAAAGUUUGCAUCUCUUCAGCCUGUCUAAUCUGAAUCUGACAGAUAUAGGGAGCCACAUCAGCUCCCGCUGCUUUGCUCUGGAGGACGUGCAACUUAGAAACUGCAGUUUUGUGCUCACCAGCAAUGCUAAGAUCGUCUCCGCCUCACUCAAGAAAUUGGCUGUCGUUGAUGGCUACUACAUGGUGCAUGACGAUGAGAUUUUUGCGUUGAUUAUAGAGGCUCCUGCUCUUGUUUCUCUAUGCCUGGACGGGGAGCUUGAACACAUUGUUGAUAUGACUGAACCACAUACCGUGCUGUCUCUUGUGGAUGCGUCGAUUCAGCUUCCGAGGGUCGAGAGGCGCGUGAAUCACCAAUUGGGCAUUCUUGGCGCGCUGUCUAAUGUGACAACCUUGCGCUUGUCGCAUUUCGCGGUCAUGUUGUUGUUCUAUGCUACUCGUGAGGAUCUUCCUGUAUUCAAGUUUGAGAACCUGAGAAGCUUGUUGCUAGAUGAGUGUCAUAUCAGCGACGACUUCCUCGGGCUGCAGCAAUACCUGCACAACUCGCGUAACCUGAAGAAACUCACUUUGCGCUGUUGCAAGGUCUUGGAUUAUAGGCAUAACAAGGAGAUGAGAGAACGCCUGCACAAAUCUUCUGAGGAUCUGGUGGAUUUCAACUAUGUUCUUGCUUACUGUGACUCAAAUGACACAAGCUGUUUCAUCAUCCCUUGUACGUGUACAAGGGACAUCAGUGAUGAAGCAAAAGGCCCUACUACAUAUCUUGCGGUCAUAUCUGAUACUGAGACGCUGUGUGUGUAGGUUGGUUCCGAUUAACUUUUUCGGACGAGGUGGUACAAAAUAGUAUAUUGGAUGGUUCAGAUGGUUUCUUGAUUGAAGUGGAAGUAUGUUGUAUCGCCUCAUCACGGUGAUUUUAGGCUUAGUCCUUGUGGGAUAUGUUAUCGAUUUUUAAGCUCUGUUUUGCGGCAGUCUUGCUUACUGUGAUCCAAAUGGCGCGAAGGCAGUACUAAACAUCAAAAUUGUUGGCAGCGACGCUAGAUCAGUACCCACUGUCAAUAGAAUGAUGUUAUUCA